AUGGAUUCCCUGGUGGAUGGGAACCACACUGCAGUGACAGGGUUCAUUUUAUUGGGCUUAACAGAAGAUCCUACCCUUCGGGUCGUACUCUUCAUGGUCAUCCCAUGCAUCUAUCCGGUGACCAUAUCUGGCAAUCUCAGCACAAUCAUCCUUAUCAGAAUCUCUCCUCAGCUCCAUUGUCCUAUGUAUUUUUUCCUGAGCCACUUGGCUUUGACUGACAUAGGCUAUUCAUCCUCUGUCACACCCAGUAUGCUUGUAAACUUCCUGUUGGAGACAAAUACAAUCUCCUAUCUUGGAUGUGCCAUGCAACUUGGAUCAGCUGCUUUCUUCGGGACAGUUGAGUGCUUUCUUCUGGCUGCCAUGGCCUAUGAUCGCUUUGUAGCAAUCUGCAACCCACUGCUUUAUUCAACAAAAUUGUCCACACAAGUCUGUGAUCAGUUAUUCUCUGUGGUUUAUGUAGGUGCUUUUCUCAAUGCUUCCUCCUUUACCAUUUCCUUCUUUUCUUUAUUCUUUUGUGGACCAAAUCGAGUCAAUCAUUUUUUCUGUGAUUUUGCUCCUUUAGUCGAACUUUCCUGUUCUGAUGUCAGUAUCCCUGCAGUGGUCGCCUCAUAUUCUGUUGGCUUCAUUAUUGUGGUCACAGUGAUUGUCAUAGCUGUCUCCUAUGUCUACAUCCUCAUCACCAUCAUGAAGAUGCACUCCACUGAGGGCCGCCACAAGGCCUUCUCCACCUGCACCUCCCACCUCACUGCAGUCACUCUGUUCUAUGGGACCACUACAUUCAUUUACGUGAUGCCCAAGUCCACCUACUCUACUGACCAGAACAAGGUGGUAUCUGUGUUUUACAUGGUGGUGAUCCCAAUGUUGAACCCUCUCAUCUACAGUCUCAGGAAUAAUGAGAUUAAGGCUGCUCUCAGGAAGCAGCCUGGUAGAAAAGUAUUUUCUUGACAAAAUCUCUUAUUUUACAGGGUGCGAUGCAUUAACAUACCGUAAAUGUAAUAUUAAAAGAAAUUUGGUUAUUAUGGGCAAAGUAUGUCUGUAUAUAAUUAGACAGUAUGAGCCUUGAUAGUAUAUGUGGGGGUGGAUCUUCAGACAGUAAGUCAGAGACAAUAGUGAGGUAACUUAAAUAAAUUAAAUUAAAUUUAGAAUUAAGAAUCACAAAUUGGUCCACAUGAAGAAAAUAUUAAUCUGCUGAAAAUCCUUUUUACAUUUUAUUCAUAUAUAACUUUUCAAAAGAAAUUCUAUGUCCUAAGUCAAGGUUAUUGUACCCGAAACCUUUAAGGCUGUGUUCAUUUUCAACAGCAGAUUAUGCUGAGAUGAGCCUGAUAAUCCUACCUUUGCCUUGACUGAGUACCUUCGCCGGGGAAAUAACAGAGUGGACACAGACAAUAAAAUUGCUAAACACAUGGUGCUUGGAGAAGGCUUAUCUGCUGGUGUUGGUCUCAAUGGACUCUUAAAAAUCCAGCCUGUAUUUCUCAGUUCUGACUCUGGCCUUGGAUAUAAGGGGUCCACAGUCCAAGAGGAUGAGACCACCUUAACUAACCUGUGAAUAGCUGAAUCAGAUCCGAAGAGAUGACUUCCUCUGAGGGAAUAAAUAGGGUUCCCAAACUCAUCAAGAAAUGAGCAGAGUAAAAGCAAAAAAGGAUUUCCAGGAGAAUCCGGCAAGCUGGAUGACAUUGAG